UUGUACCAUUAGCGUUUUAAUAUUUUUGCGAUUGUGAUUAUGUUUACUUUACAUUAAAAUAACCAAAUAUCGCAGGACAAUUCUUUUUGUGCGUUUAAAAUUUGUGCUGCAAGUUUGACAAAGUAAAUUAAGGCAAACAUGUCGGCAGAUGCUUUAGUAAAUGCGGCAUCAGAAGUUCGAGAGAAUUUGGUAACAACUGCAGUAAAUUUCCUUAAAAACCCAAAUGUGAACCGAUGCACCAUGGAAAGCAAGGAGCGGUUUCUCCGUGCCAAAGGCCUCACAGACUUCGAAAUAGCCAAGGCAGUUGAGAAAUGUGGCGAGUUGUUAGACGGACCAUCAAUGACCUCAGAGUUGAUGUUUUUUCAGCACUCAAGGCAGUCGUGGUUUAGAGAACAUAUCCUACCUUUACUGGUGUAUGGGGGGUUUGCUUAUGGUUGCUACUGGCUGUAUAAGAACUGCAUACGUCACAUCCUAUUCGUCGAAGAGCCGAAACGCAAAACGACGGCCGAAUGUCUCGAGGAAGUCCGCAAAUCCCUGGACAUACUGAACACGAGUAUGACGUCACUGCGUGGAGAGAUGCAGGCUUCGGCUCAGAGCUCUUUACGGACGCAACUGGAUGGGCUCAAGGCUGACAUAGCUUCUGUUAAAGGAAUACUCUUGAAUAGGAAUCAAUUCCCAUCAAUAAAGACCCGGUCCGAGCCGCCAUCUAUCCCGGCUUGGCAGCGUCAGUCGGAAGAAGCCACGUCCACUGAAGUCGCCGUUGAAGACAAGAAGCCACAUAGGAAACGUAGCCAACGCUCCGAGUCCGGCGGCUCCAACUCUAGUGAAGGCGAGCAGGCGACUAAGAACAGCGACAGCAGUCUGGAGAUCAUGUAAGUCUCUCUUC